UUGAGAAAAACAAAAAUGACGCAUUUGUAAUAUAGAUUAUACAUGUCAUGUCGUAGUUAAAUAUAAGUAUGGUGCAGGGCGGUGGCAUGUGUUGUGUCUUGUCAUUAUUUCGAUCGAUAAUUAUUUUGAGUAUACAAGUCGAUCACUUAAUAUCAACUACUUCUUGUGUUAAUGAAUUUUGCUCAUCUUUUCUUUUAUACAUUACCUUUUAAAGACUGUCUUUAUUACGUCCACAGAAAGGAAGGUUGACUAAAUAGGAUAAGGAGAUUGAGGUUAUAUAAGGUUUUCGUUUUGACAGACGCGAGGCGCGAGCUCCGAUACCCGUGGUGGGAUGGUAAAGGAGGCGAUUAAAAAGUCGAACAGCAGAGAACGACGUUGUCGUUAGUUGAGUGGACUAGUUCAAGUCUGUAGCUUGCAUAUUUUAUUGGAUUUAAGCGUUCUUGUUAUCCAUUAUUUAUUUAGUGCUAUAAAAAAAUUGCUUGUGUCAGAUAACAGAUAAAGUGAACGAUUCGAAAUGGAUGAUAAAAAAACAGAACACAUUGUCAUGACACCAAAAUGUAAGACUGCAAAUUCUACAACUCUUAUAAUAGAAAGGCAGGCUUUAGAACCCCCAACAGAAAAUGGAAAUGAAAACAACGUUCAUAUUGCUGGAGGAGAUCACAAAGGAAUAGUUAUUAAUAAACAAGCAGUUGCUGUUACAAAUGGUGAAAUUCAUCCAGCACAUCUUUGCUUACAAUUCAGAGUAUUCUUAGUGAGUGCUCAAAGUGGAAAACAUACACAAGAAUCUAGAACUCUUCAGUUUUGGUUUGUAGAUACACUUUCAGAAGCCGAACACCCAAGUGUGGCACAAGAAUUCUUCAGAGAAUUAGUUACACCUCAAGAAUUUCCAAGAGAUUAUGUUGGAUUUAUCAAGAAAAUAAUGAAACUAAUGUUGCAUAAGUAUUCUACAAUUAAAAAGAUAGAAGUAGAAUUAAAACAGCUUGAAGAACCUGUUAAUCUUCCAACUAGACCAUCUGAUACUGGUCAUAUACUGUUCACAGUUCUUCCAUAUAAGAAAAUUAGUUGGAAAUCAGUAUCAACAGAUGAAACAGUUAUUGGUCAGGUAGUUGAACUGACUUUAGAAAAAGUGUUGGAACUUAUUGAAUCUGCUUAUCCAAAUCCAAUUACAGUGACUGAUAUAGCAAAAGAACAUGGUUGGGAUCCUUCUGCUGUCGAAAUAAAAUUAAAAGAAUUACAAGAGAAGGGUGUUGUUAAAGCGAUGGAGCAUGGAGCUUUUACUAGAGUUGUACACCAAGAUACCCAAAUUCAAGUCGUAAAACAAAUGCCAACAAUGGCAAGUGCAAAACAACCUACUAUAGCAAUUAUUACUGCACAGUAUUGUGAGAAGUUGGCAGUUGAUUCUAUGAUUGAAAACAAAGAAACAUUUGUUCGUUAUACUACUGUUGGUACGGCAAGCUCACCUGAUGCGACAGAUGGAGUACCGCGAGUGACAUGUCGUUUUGGUGAGUCAAAUGUUUACACAUUAGGUAAUAUUGGUGCACACAGAAUUGUAUGCACAAAGUUACCCACUGUAGGUCAUACAAGAGAAGCAAUGACUGCAGCAGGAAAUACAACUACCAGAUUAUUAGGUACAUUUCAGAAAGUUGAUUUCGUUUUCUUAAUUGGAAUUGGAGGAGGUGUACCACAUUAUACAGAUUAUAAUAAACACGUGCGACUUGGUGAUGUGGUUAUAUCUUAUCCUAUUCCUCUUAAUAAAAAGUAUAUUUAUGUUUAUUGUGAAAGUGCAAAGACAAAUGAGAGUGGAGAUUAUCAUUUUGAAACCAAAGAAUAUUGCCCACCAAAUUUAUGUCUUCAAGAAAUUGCUGUUAAUCUUAAAAAUCAGUCAGAGAAUGAGACAAAUCCUCCAUGGCAAACGUACCUGAAGGAAGGUUCAGAUAUUUUAACUAACCAGACGGAGCAUGAUUUUAAACCACCUCCACCAGAGUCUGAUAAGUUAUACAUGGCUAUUGGCGAAAGAGAUGUUAUUGAAGUUGCACAUCCUACUGCACCUGCAGAUGCGGCGAAUAAAAGAACAAAUGGCUGUCCACGAAUUCACUUAGCACCUGUAGCAUCUGGCAGACAUAUUGCACGUGAUGAUCAGCUUAGACAGAAAUUUGCAGCCCGAUUUGGAGCCCUUGCCUUUGAUGCAGAGAUGGAUGCUGUAGUCGAAAGUAUUUUGGGUAAUUGUCGUGAAAGUUUUGCCGUUAUUCGAGGUAUUUCUGAUUAUAAAGAUGGCUCUCGUAUAAAGGAAUGGCAGCCUUACGCGUCCUUAGCUGCUGCUAGUGUAAUGAAAUCUAUUAUUUGUGCUAUGGACCCACCUACUAAUGUGUAAUACACAAUUUCUGAUGCUCGUUUUAUUUCAUUCCGGACAGCAUUUUAUGUGAUAGUUGGUAAAAGUAUCAUCAUUUCGUGUCUUUUAUAUCGUAUCGUCGAUUUUUCAGUGCAAAGUGGACCAACUUCUUUUAUUGGUUAAGAGCAAUCGUUGUUUCAAUUAGCGCACAAACAGCAUAAUUCAGAAUUACUUAAGGAAUAGCUUAUUCUUCUUUUUUCUUGUAUUUUUUUAAGUCGCAUUUAAUGUGAUAUGGAUCAGUUAUUUACUUGAUAAGCAGGAGAAAAUAAGAUCGUGACCAAAUAUAUAAUGGUCAUAAAGUAAGAUGCACCAAGUGCAUUUUAAUUAUUUAAGAGAAUUGUAGUUAGUUUGAAUGAUUUUAAUCUAGUGACUUUAGAAUCAAGGACAAUUCAAUUUCACGUUUCCAAAUCGUUUUCAAAGAAUUUCUAAACUGCUAAAAAAAUGGAAUGUGUAUUUGAUUGAUAAAAGUGCUAGCUUACUUUUAAAAUUUAUUUCGAUAUGGCUAUUUGAAAAAUAUUUUUACAAUUUUUAUAUCUGAACAUAACUUUUCAAUAUUAUUUAAUAAUAUAUUUAUAAUAUCGAUGCUUCGAUUAUUGCUACACUUAUUCAUUUCCUAACAUAUUAUAACAGUAAUUUUAUAUAAUUUGAUGGAAUAUUAAUGUAUGAUUUUGCAGAAUUAUUUAUAUACUCUUUGUACUUUUCAUAUCUCGCUUAUUGCCUAUUGUAUUUAUUUAAGUAUAAUAUCGAGAAAUUUAUGUACUCGAGAAAAAUCAGUUCAAUGAUUCUAAAACUGGUGCCAUCUUUAUCCUUUUGAACACAAGAUCAUGAAAAAAUUUUUACACAAUGCAUUUUUUUGAAAUGAAAGAACCAUGCUUUUGAAAUAAUUACGUAAUUUAAAUUAUAGCAAUGAUUAUCGAAUAUUAGCAGACAGGAUUCGAAAUAACGUAGGUAUGGGAACCACAGAAAGCUUUAAAUAAAGUCUCGGUAUAGUCAGAAAAAUAAUUUAGAUGUAGAAUAUGAUAUCUAAGAGUAAGGGCAGAAAGUACAUUUGGCAGUAUUUAUCUAAACACAAUCAAAUUAUCGUUCAAAAAGUAAUUGUCCUACAAACUAUUAUAUGUUUGUCAGAGUAUAUUACCAUUUCACACAAAUCUGUCCGCUUUCUCCAUAAAGCGUAUAAUAAAUACAUCUAUACAUUCAAAUUUGAUGAAAGGAAGAAAUAUAAAUAAAUAAUGCCGCCCAAAACUUUAAUCGUACUUCAAAGGAGAUUAAGAACUUGAUCUUAAUAGUUAUAUUAUUAAUUAUUAUUAUAAAAUAUUAUUAUAAAAUAUGUUUACUUUCUAACGUGUUAUGAUUUUGAAUGAAAGAUUUUGAAACAAACAUAGAUUUUUGUUUCUUAACAAAUUUUAAUUUGAUUUCUGAGUUAUGGCAAAAUAUUUGCAUAUACAGGCUGUGUCCUCUAGGAUUAACCACUAUUUUUCAGAUAUUUCUAAUAAUUCGUCAAAGAAAUGUUUUGAACAAAAGUUAGUAAGUUUUCGGUUCAUUACACAUUUGAAUAUUAAAAAUUUCCAAAAAUUUUAUCCAAUAAAAAAAGUCAAGGGUACCAUAUGUUUUGGAUUUCACGGAGUUGUAGUUUGCGUCAAAAUAAAUUCAACAGUCUACUAUACAAUAACUCUGAGAUGACUUUGCAUUCAGAAACUAAUAAAUUAAACAAAUCUAACAAUAACGUUUUGCAUUACACGUUACAAUGUACUAUUACUAAAUUUCUGAUUUCCAGCUCAUUUCAAAGUCAUCUCAAGGUGAUAGUAUAGUAGGUCGUAGAUUCGUCUUGAUGUCAAUUAUAAUUCUGUCAAGUCCAAAAUAUAUGGAGCUAUCUAAGGAAGUCAACAAUUUUUUGGAAAUCUUUAAUAUCCAAAUGUGUAGCGAAUUGAAAACUGAUUAACUUUUGUUCAAAAAAUUUUUUGGUAGAUUGUCGAAAAUGCCUAAAGGAUGGUGUUUAAUCUUAGAUAUAUCCUGUAUAGAAUAUACGCUAUAUAAAAUAUAGUGAUAUUAAAAACAUGUACAUAUUUAUAUUAUAAUAACUCAUUUCUAAAUUAUGAAAUAUUUUGUUUUAGUAUAUGAUCUCUGAGUGCAAAAAGCGGUAUAUUUAUUUUUAUAAUGUUCUUUUUAAAGUUUAUUAUUAUUUUGCUAUUACAUUGCUGUCGCUACUUUGACAUUUGUAAAUGUCCAUCUAUUUUUUUUUUACUCAGAAUUCUUAACAUAGACCAAUUUUUAUUCAACUACAAUUAUAUGAUUAGCACUUUAACAUAAAUGGUAACAUGGAGAAAAGAUGUUUGUCAGGAUAUGUAGAAAUGCUGGAUAGAACUCAUUUUUCUUCUGCAAAGUUUGUUAAAAUGUAUCUAUUGUUGUUACAGCAUAUUUAAAAUCUGUUACAGCUUUAUAGUUUAUCUUUUUGUACUAUAUUUAAAGAUACACAUAAUUUGUCAUGUACAUAUUUUGUAUAUUUAUGAAAUAGAUGAUCUUUACAUAUUUCCCAAUGAUAAGCAAUCUGUUACAGAUGGUUGUGAUUACAUGUUCGUGCUUCAUUCUCUUAAAAUUAGCUUAACUGUUUCCUCUUCUUGAUAUUGCAUAUUCAUAUAUUCUGAUUGUAUAGCCCUACAAAAUCAAAUUGUUAAUACAUAUAAUAAAUCAGUAUACAUUCUCAUAAGUAAACAAUAUAUUAUAUUUAAAUGUUUUUAUUAUCAUUUUAUACAAUUAUUAUUUAGAAAUGAGUAUGAAUUUUAGAGCCAAAAGAAGUACGUGUGGAAUUUCCUUCAUAUUAUGUAUCUUUUUCACUUUUACGAUGGAUAGUUUAUGAUAUAUCGAUACAUACAUAGCCAAUAUUAUUAAAUUAUAUUUAUAUUUUAGAAGUAACUGUUUGUGCAUAUAUAUGUAUGUAUUUUAAAAGAUAUCGUUUUUUAAAAUUAUUAGAUAGCGUUAAUCAAAGAUUUCACAAUCAUUGUAUGUACAAAAUAAGACUUUUAUUUUUUUAUAUAUAGUUUUCUUCGUUGCUUCUGUGCAAUAUAUUGCUGCAUUUAGCACAUAUAAAUUCUUUCCUUAUUUUAAAUCGUACUUUUUUAUCUAUUUUCUUUGAUUCUAUCCCUAUCACGUUGCCAAAGUAGAUUAUGCCUAUGAUAAAUAAUCCAAAGUCUGAUUUUAAUAGAUUUAACAAAAUUUUAUCAAUUAACCGAAUUAUUAUGAAUUAUGCAUUUUUCUAACACAGAGUAUAAAAGUAAUAUAAAUAUUUUAAAUUUGAUAGAUUUGAUUUUCAGUUUUGUUCCAACUUCUUUGGUGCGAUUAAACGUUUGGGCGAUGAUAUAUGCACCAAAUAUAUUAAAAUUGUAUAAUUAAUUAACAUUAAUUAAAGUGCCAAUGUGUUCAAUAUAUUUGGGUAGUGCAGAAAUAAGAUAGGUUUUUCUGGAAGAUGAACGAAUAUCUUUAUGUUAUUAUUCAAUUCAAUUUGGUUUAUCACUACUGUAAUUUAUUUGGUAUUAGAAGCAAUUGCUACAGUAAUAAUUAUGUAUAAUAAUAUUCGGGAAGAAAUAAGUUUUUUCUUUCGAGAAUGUUUUAUUCGUUUAUCUUCUAGAUUAAUAUUGCUGUCGUCUGCAUUAGAGACCAACAUUACUGAAUUCUACUGCCUAUUUGAAAUUCCAAUAUGGAUAUUCAAAUACUUGAAAAUUGUUUUAAAAAGAAUUCGAUAAUAUCUAAGCUUUGUUAAUAACUUUAAAUGUAAUUUCCUCGCAUUUUAACGUCUUUAUAGAUUCUAAAGCACAGGGUAGUAUACGAGAACUCUAUAUUUAAGUGACAUUGAAAUAUUCAAUUCGAGCAUAAAUCUAAAAACUUAGGAAAGUAGUAUAUAUACAUUUAAAUAUACCUACAUACGUAUCGUUGGUAGCAUUAAAACCUUCCAAUUCUACCAUCAUGGUGAUAAUCUGCAAAUUUUACAAGUGACAUUGAUCGAGUUUUUUCAAUGAUACUUGACCGCUAAUCAAAAGUCAUUAUUUAUUUAUUUAUUUAUUUAUUUAUUCGUUCAUCCGUUACAUUUGAAACAAUUACAUUGUUUGGUGCGUUCCACUGAACCGUUAAAAUACGUCUAGGGAAUUUUACUUUCUUUUCGAAAAUGCUAUUUUAUAUUGUUUUAAAUAUAUGUGCGUGUGGGCGUGCAAACAGAAGAAAAAGAUAAAGACGCGUAAAAGAUUUCUAACGGUAGGGGGGCCUCAGGUCAAUUUAAUCGAUGAAAAGUAUCACUUGUUGCGUAGAAGCACAUUUUUAAGAAAAUUCUAUCAGAUAUAGAGAGUAUCAGCUAUCAAAUAUAUAUGUACGUAUUAUUAUAAAUAUAGUCAAAUACGUAUAGCUAUAUAUCUUUAUUUCAAAUUUUUAGUAUAUAAUACAUAAUAUAAUAUAUAAAUCGUGAAUUCUAUUACGUGGUGAAACAUUAAAUUCAAUUUACCUGAUAAUACAGAUUCCUAUGUAAGGCCUAAAAUAUUAUGUACGAAAGGAACAAAACUUUGUUACAUAUUGUGUUUUAAGCGACGAGGUUGUCAACUUCGAGCUUCCAAAAUAUCUAUGUAUUUACAUAUAUUUACGUUAGUAUUACGCGCUUUCAACACUAGUCGCACUAUUGUGUUUUCCGUCUAUUUAUAUGUAGGUAUGUUUUAAAUUGCAAAUACUACUGCAUACGCAUACAUAUAUAGUGUAUAACUACGUCCAUUUAAUUUAUAUUUCAAAGAAAUUUAUUAGCAUCUAUAAUGAACAUAUAAUCGCAAUGGAUUUCAAUUUUGUCCGUUCAGGAACAUGUCUAAGCCACAGAAAUUGUUUUCUACGUUAUUUCACGCCAUUGCUUCACAAACUGAACGUUUAUACGAUUCCAGUUUAAGAACUGGCAAAUGUACUUGUGAAUGCUUAUUUAGUACAUAGUGUGCGAUGAAGCGAGCUUGAAGACUUCAGAAAUGAAAGAUCUACGCUUCUAGCUUGUAAUCCGAGUAGUCUUCCGGCCAAAAAAUCAUUAACCACGAAUGUCUUUAAGUAAGAUCUUGGCAUUUCAGUUUUGGUGUUAUCAGUCUCGAAUACGAAAAAAUGCCCGAUAUGGUCAGAUGGUAAAAUGGGUAUUACCAAAAUCUUUUCACAAUACGUUUCUCUGAUAUCUUUCUCUAAUUUAAGUAAAUACAUUUAUUAUGGAAAAGCUAUGCAUAUAUGCGUAAGAUAAGUCGAGUUGUCUUCCAAAUUUUCGAAUGUUUCUUUUUUCUUUUCUUUCCUUGCUCCCGAUCCUUUUUGUUAACUGCUUUUUCCUUUUGCGUUUUCUAUUUUUUUUUUAUCAAGAUUAGUCACUUCUUUAGGGACUUUUAAUUUCUUUCUAACGAAUUGAUAUUAAAUUCAUUCUCUUAUGAUUAAGAAUUAUUCACUUGAAUCUAAUAAACACCUAAACCUAACAAGAUUCCAUUAGAAGUUAUUUAGGUAAUUUUAAUAAAUAAUUUUGACAAAUACAUAUAUAUAUAUAUAUAUAUAUAUGUGGUGAAAAUAGUGGUGUUUACAUUUUUCUCAACGAUAAUUUUACAAUUUGAUUUUUCUAAAAUAGAACGUUCACCUACAUGUAGUUCGUAUCACGUUCGAUUAUCUAUAUAUCGAGCUUAUACAGGGUGUCCUAAUAUUGAUAAUAAAACCAAUACAUAAAAUAAUAAGUGGAAAAUAUAGAAUAAUUUUCUUUUCAUCUGAUGCUUCGUUUUCGAGAAAAUUGUUUUUGAAAAUUUAACGAUUGAAUAUAAGUAAGGAGUAAGUAAGUCAGCAGGAGGGUAUUCUACGUGCAGAGAUAAAUGUAAAAUGUUGAAUAAUAUUUUUCGUUUAAGACCAAGUUUUCAAGAAAAUAGAUUCUGAACAUGUGCAGGUCAGAAUUGGCCUGGUAUAGGUGUAAUAGAUUAAUUUUCAAAUUUUUACUUGCAAACGAAGCGUUUUCCGAAAAAAUAUUAUUUUACAUUUUUAACUUAUUUUCAUCUGUAGAGUAGCCUCUUAUCGAUUAUUCGUUCCUAUCUAGCCUGAAAGUAGACAAGAUUACAUAUAGUUGACAUAUGUUCAAGUUCGAUUUUUUUGAAAGCAGGCGUCAUAUGAAAAAAUCUUUUUCUAUAUUUUCCAUUUGUUUUUUCGCGUAGAAUCAUUUCCUUGUCGAUUGUACCACCAAUACUGAGACAUCCUGUAUACAAAUAUUAGAAUUUAUAUAUUUAGAUGCCAUUAAUUUCGCGAAAUAAAAUUUUGUAAUAUUGCACUGGCUAUAGAGAACAGAAGUUACGAAUUAUUCGACAAAUAUUCUGGUUGUACCCAUUGCCAAUGGCGUUUUGCUAGGAUUGUACAUUGUCUACAGGGGAAAAGUAAAGAAAUUGUAUCUAAUAGUAAGUUACUUCACCGCGGAAGAGAAACUGUGAUACUAUCUGGACUUUUCUGCGUGAAGUAAGAUAAUACGUGGAAAGAGCCAUAGUAUAAAAUAAAUCGGUUCCAUAGCAUUUGAUUUUGUUACGAAAUAGAUCGUUAAGGAAGUAUUGUAAAAUUGGAAAACAGAAGAACGAACGUAUCGCUGAAGUCUUAUUAGAAGAAGUUCAAUAGAGAUACAUAGUAAGCUCUGGAAGCAAAGAACCAAACAGUAUCGUAUACUUUUGUUUAUUACGAGCAUUUUUUACUACAAUUAAUUUUUUCUUAAAGAUGCUGAUGACAAUUCUGCAAUAAUAUUGUACGUAAAAGUGUUACACACGAUGUGUUUAUCAAGUAAAAUUUGAUAUUUAGUUGCAUACAAUCUGUACAGUAACAAAUUGUCUUUAUCGAUUGAAUGAUUAGAAGAAAUUUCAACUUUAAAUCUUAUUGCAUGUUUUAACAUAUUAAUAUAGUAUAAAUACAUAUUAGGAUUGAUAAAUAAUUUUUUAAAAACAGUUUAAAAUAUAAAUACUUUAUAGAUACAUCGUGUAAUUUAUGUUUUUCUGUAAUGCAAUGUUGCAAAAACUGCAUGUAUUGUUAUGUAACUCUUAUGUAAGUUAUAGACUUACUACUUUCAGUUUAGAUUAAUGAAAAUUUUUCGUGGUGUAAAAUUCAAUUUUAUGUAAUAAGAUCUCUGGUAUUUGAUGGCCGAAAAAUCGUUUCAAUAAAUAGAGGUCCAUUGUU